CGUGUCUUAUGCAUUAGCCAAUGCUGCAAUUUCGGAGUAAUCGUUGUCGGCAGCGAAGUGGUGGAUUUUGUCAUCUGACGGUUUAAUACACAUUCGUCGCGGUUUUUGGAUUUGUGCCGUACAUCAAAAAGUGGUUAAAUAGAUAAUACGGUGCAAAAAUGUCAGAACUGAGAGAGUGGUUCAAUGCCCAGCCAUUAUUUACUAGAUGGUGGCUUCUUUUAUCCGUGGGAUGUUCUCUUUUGGGAAGAUUCGGUAUUUUCAGUCCGGAACGACUCGUUUUAUUCUACAUUCCAUUCGUUCACAAAUUCGAGAUAUGGAGAGCCGUUACCAGCGUAUUUUAUUAUCCCCUUGGACCAACAACUGGGUUUCACUUUAUGAUCAACUGUUAUUUCAUCUACAACUAUUCUGUAAGGCUCGAACGUGGCGAGUAUGAUGGACGACCAGCUGAUUAUUUCUACAUGCUUCUGUUUAACUGGGUUUGCUGUGUCAUCGCUGGACUCUUUGGAGAAUUCCCACUUCUCAUGGACCCUAUGGUACUCAGUGUACUCUACAUAUGGUGUCAUCUCAACCGAGACACUAUUGUCAAUUUUUGGUUUGGGACGCAGUUUAAAGCAAUGUAUCUGCCAUGGGUUCUCUUUGCUUUCAAUCUUGUGAUAUCUGGCGGUGGAAUGUUGGAAUUGGUUGGUAUUCUAGUGGGACAUUUGUACUUCUUCCUGAAGUUUAAAUACCCUCAAGAAUUCGGAGGUCCAGAUUUAUUGGCCACACCUCAAUUUCUCGAGGCUUAUUUCCCUCCUUCAAGACUCAGAGGGUUUGGAACCGCUCCUUCACAAAGGGAACCACAGAGACCGGGCAGAAAUAUGUAUGGUGGUUAUCAAUGGGGACGUGGCCAGCCUCUCGGCCAGUAAUCAAGGUGUAUACCUAAUUAAACCAAGUUUACAUCUGUAUAUUUUAUGAAGAGUGAGUGUACAAGUAUACCAAGAAACUGGGAGUAAAUGAAACAUACUAUGUACAGGAUGACACCGGACUAUCCCCCCAUAGGCUACCCAUGUGUUCCUCGUGAAAAUCUGAGAUUAAAAAGUUUUUUACUUUUUUAUAGAAAAUUUAUUCUUUAUAAAUUACAACCACUUCACAUUAGUCAAUCCAGUAGCAUUUAAUGGCUCAGAAUAGGAUUGCCAGGGCUGGCGAAACCCCAUUUUUUUGUUGUGCACUCAGCAGCUGCCCUGAGCCAUCAAGUGCUAUCGAAUUGGCCAAUUUCAAACAGUAAUUUACACAUAACAAAUUUACUAUGAGAAAUAUCAUUAUAGUCGCAAAUUUUCAUGAAGAAUACAACGGUAGCUUAUGGGGCAAUAUUUCUAGAUCACCCUAUAUACAUACACAUAUGCAUGUAUAUAUUCGUGUAUACGAUAUAUAUUUCUGAAGAUAGAUAGUUUUUUUUCUACUUUCUCAACUUUAAAAAUGAUAAAGUUAAUUUAAUGCAAUAUGAAAACAUUAUUUCGAAGUUGCCUGAUUAGUUUUCCAUGGCAAAUGGUGGUACAAUUUGUUAUUUGAAGAUAAUUAAGAUUUAUGGGAAUAUCUCAAUGUUGACCUGUUAUAUGUUGAUAAAAUUAAUUAUAUCAAAUUUAAUAAUAUACCUACCAGUUUUUGCUCGAGUGCUUGCAAAGUAAGUUUCUGGGACUAGAGAAUUCUGCACUACAGUACUUCCAACAAAAGAUAGUUCCUUUCUUCACUCUGAUGGUAAAGCACACUUAAUAAAUACAAUAAUGCUCAAAUAACAGGGUCAGGGUAACUGCUGACUACUGAUUGUGAGUGAGUGGGGGUGGGGGGGGCUCUACAUAAUUAAGUAAGAAGUUAUACACGGGUCAGUAUAAUUAGUAUUUAUGUUUGUCGAAUGAUUAUUAAAAUGAAGCUUAGCAUUGAGAUUUUGUUAAUCGCUGCUUGUCAAUUGUGAAAAAUUAAAUGCAAUCUUGUUAUUGCAUUUUCAAUUGUUAAAACAAACUUCCGAUUUAAUGAAUCAAUCUGAUUUAGAAAAUAUGCGUAUUGCUUUAUAUUAACAUCAAAGAAGGUAGCAAUUUGGAACGGAUCUCGGAAAACUUGUCUCGUUCACUUCCUGGCAAAUAACUAUUUAUAUUGGACAGUUUGAAUGAAUCUAGAAAAAUACACAAUGAUUGUAAACGAUAUAUCACUUACACGUAUUUAUGUGUACCAAUAUCAUAUGAACAUCAAGUGUCAGUAAUAAUAUUCAGGCUGGUGACAGAUCGAAAGACAGGGAAUUAUGGUACUCCAAACGUAAGAUGUCUUUUUCAAAAGUCUUCACCUUCAAUAUUCAACUUGUUUUUGACAAAUUUAACAAAUAAUUCUGUACCACAUGUCAGUACAGUAUUGUAGACUAUUAUUUAAUAAGAUAAUGGCAAUCAAACAAAACUGAAUGCUGGCCUGUGUACAGAAAACAUAAAAAAUACGGCAGGAAGUCUGGAAAUUUGAUAUUUAUCUGUCUUGUCACCGCUAUGAAGUUUUUGCUGUAUCAUGUACAUAAAUGUAUAUUUUAUUAUAAAUAUAAUAUAUUAGGUACAGAAUUCGUGAAUAAACGUGGAUAUCUAUGUAUGUUUGUCACACAUUAUAUACAAAUGUACAGGCAUUGAUCCAAUUCUUUAUCAAAGCAAACUUACUUGCGUUAUAUACAGGGUGAGUUUUCUCCGGGGUCUGAUCUAGGAGGAGCUUGAAUAUGUGAGAGUCCGCCUUCUUCUAUUCAUACUCGUCCUGUGUCAAUGCUUGUAUCCCGCUAUCAAAACAAUCCCUCAUGUGAGUAGAUUGUAUUUCGGAUGUGUGCUAUACGUGUGGACGUAAACAGAUUUGGAGAUAAGCGUAUCUGCUCUAUAAUCACACACUAUUAUUUUGAAACGGACGAGUAUGAAUAGAAGUCGAGUAUGAAUAGAAGUCGGACUCUCAGCGCAUCCAAGCUCCUCCCAGAUCAGACCCCGAAGAAAACUCACCCUGUAUAUACUAUACAUAUAAGUUGCUCAUUUUAUUUUUGAAAUUCUCAUGCAAUAGUAGUUUUUGAACCAAAGCCAGAAAGUUGUAUGGCUGUGGUGUGAACAUUAUUUUUUUAUGUAAAAGCGGUAAGAUACGCCAUUAUGGUCGCGUUUUCCGACCCUACAGUUGAACUUGUGCUCAAUUGAACACGUCUCUGUAUAAGGUUCAAUUUUAUGGCAGCAAAACGCAACCAUACCAGCGUACUUUAUGGCUACUAAAUUGAAAAGUUCAUAACAUUGGCAUCUGUGAUAGUUUGGUACGCCAAACUGCGGACAGCGCUCGAACCAUCAACAGUGAGGUCAUUCUGAUAGAACCAGCCAAUAGAGCCUCUCACUGACACUACUGGCAUCAAUUUUAAUUUUCUCCACCUGACAGCGAGAUGUAGGCCACGCCCCUACCACACUUCCAAUUAUGUAAUAUUUCGUUCUUACGCCUCAAACUCAAAUUCGCCAAGCUACAUGCACAGCAUCUGUUCUGUAUCGUUGAACGCAGGUGGUUUGAUGCCAGGGUGUGGGACCACUCGUGUUGAAUUGUGAUAAACCGGCAACAGCUAUCAUCACUCCAUUGUCAAUACAAAAUCGUUCGUCAGUUGCAUAAAGGGUAGCGUUUCUUUCCUCACACAUCUCAGCCAUCAUUUUCUGCAGUCUUAAAUUACAACCGACACCACCAACUAUAAGAACUUCGUGCGAUCCUGUGUGUGCCAUCGCUCGUUCUGUUAGAUAAACAAAAUAAACGGUUUGAUGUCAAGUUAAAAAGUUAA